AUGGCACAAACACUUGCCUCCCCAGGGCUGUUCUCUGAUGAUGAGGCUGUAGCCUCCCCCGUGCUGGAAUCCACUGCAAAAGGGUUUGGGGCUGAUGUGUGCAAGGACCUGCUGUCAGAGUUCUCUGCCAUCUCCCCAGACCUGGAGGACUCCCAGCAGGCUGUAGCUGAAGACAAUAAUGGAAAGCUAAAGGUCUAUCUGAGAGUUCGACCUCUGAAAUCUACAGAACUGGAAAAAGGGGAAGACCAGGGCUGUGUCUGCAUUGAGAACUCAGAGACUCUUCUUCUGAAAGCUCCCAAGAACUCCUUCACCAUGAAGAGCACAGAACGUGGAGUGGGACAGGCAGCACACAGGUUCUCUUUCACCAAGAUCUUUGGACCAGAAGUGGGGCAGAAACUGUUCUUUGAUGAGACAAUGAAACAGGUGGUAAAGGAUGUGCUGAAUGGACAGAAUUGUCUGGUUUAUACCUAUGGCAUCACCAAUUCAGGCAAGACCCACACUAUUCAAGGCACCAACCAGGAUGGGGGGAUUCUGCCUCGCUCCUUAGCAACCAUCUUCAACAGUGUGGGGAACAGGCUGUACCAGGCCAUGGACCUGAAGCCUUCCCUCUCCAACGAGGUGGUGUGGCUGGACAGCAGGCAGGUGCGGCAAGAGGAGACUAAAAAGCAGGUGAUACUGCAGGGAAGUCUCUGGGAGGAGGAGCUCUUAACACCACGGAAGAAUCACAGUGCUGAAUCUCAGCACCAGGCCACCAGCAGGGUCAGUUUUGACAGUGGAGUUGCUGGUCUGUCUUCAUCUAGUCAACUCACCAACCGCUCAGAUCUCAGCCAGACAGAAGACCUGGGCCCUCGCUGGGCUGACUCGGAUCGCAUUUCCCUCACCAGCACAGGGGAUGUGCAGUUCUCCAUCUGGGUCUCCUUCUUUGAGAUUUACAAUGAGUUAAUCUAUGACUUGUUGGAACUAACUCCACCUGGGCAGAACCGCAAGCGGCAAACCCUGCGGCUCUGCGAGGACCAGACUGGCAACCCCUAUGUGAGAGACCUGAACUGGAUCAAUGUGCAGGAUGCUGAUGAGGCCUGGAAGCUUCUGAAACUGGGUCGGAAAAACCAGAGUUUUGCUUGUACCCACAUGAACCAGAACUCCAGUCGCAGUCACAGUGUGUUCUCUAUUCGGAUUCUGCACUUGCAAAGAGGUGGCAGUGAGGUUGUUCCAAAAAUCAGCGAGUUAUCCCUGUGUGACCUGGCAGGGUCGGAGCGCUGCAAGGACCAGAAAAGCGGGGACCGAAUGAAGGAAGCCAACAUCAUCAACACCUCCCUGCACACCCUGGGCCGCUGCAUCGCUGCCCUCCGCCAGAACCAGCAGUCCAGGUCGAAGCAGACGGUGGUGCCGUUCCGGGACAGCAAGCUGACCCGUGUGUUCCAAGGCUUCUUCACCGGGCGUGGGCGCUCCUGCAUGAUCGUCAACAUCAACCAGUGUGCAUCCACCUAUGAUGAGACUCUCUAUGUAGCCAAGUUCUCAGCCAUUGCCAGUCAGCUUGUUCAGGCACCUCCCACAAAGCUUGGACUUCCAUCCCUACAAUCCAUCAUCACAGAGCACAGAAGGCGAACCAGUGAAGGUCCAGAGGCAAAAGCGAAGGAAGAAGUGGAAUCAGAAGACAGUGAGGAUGAGGCAGAUGUGUCCAUGUAUGAGAAGGAGGACUUGUUGCGCAUAGUGGAAGCUGCGCGAGAGCUGCUGGUGCGGGAGCGGCGGGAGAAGCUGCAGCUGGAGAUGCGUCUGCGUGACGAGAUCUGCAACGAGAUGCUGGAACACAUACAGCAGAAGGAGCAGUGGUGCAGCCAACACGUGGAUGCUCAGAGGGAACAGCUGGAGGAACUGUAUGAGGAUAAACUGAGUAACCUGAAGGAGUCAUUGACUGACUAUUACCAGGAGAAGAUCCAGGAGCGUGAUGAGGAGAUUUUGGAGCUCCAAACUGCUCUGCAGGAGACCAAACAAAAACUGGAGAGCCUGGAAAGUCAGCAAAGGGAGUCACAGCAAGGACUACAUCGAUCCAAGCGAAUGGCUACCUUGAGUGCUCUGCAGCAGGAGCUGGCAGACACCAAAGCCAGGCUGGAGCAGUGCCAGAUGGAGUUAAAUACUGCGACUGCAGAGUUGCGUAAGUAUCGGAAAUUGGUGGAGCCACCUCCCUCUGCCAAACCCAUCACCAUGGACGUGGACAGGAAGCUGGAGGAUGGACAGAAGAAUGUCAGGUUGCUGCGUUCAGAGUUACAGAGGAUUGGAGAGUCCCUGCAGGCUGCGGAACGCGCCUGCUGCCACAGCACAGAUGCAGGGAAGCUCCGGGAAGCUCUCUGCACCUGUGAUGACAUUCUGGCCAGACAGGACCAAACCCUGGCAGAGCUGCACAACAAGAUGAUGCUGGUGAAGCUGGACCUGAGGAAGAAGGCAGCCUGUAUCGCCGAGCAGUACCACACAGUGCAGAAGCUCCAGGCCCCAACAUCCACCCUAAAGAAACGGUUCUGUGCCAACAGGGAAAACCUACAGCCUAAUCAGCCUCCUGGCAAAAAGCCCUUCCUGCACAACCUCUUGACCCGCUCAGCCUCUCGUCCUGUGGCUGCCAGAGGGUGGCAACUGCGCUCAGUUGCUCUGUGA